AUGGAGAUUCCGGCUUGGAAAUGGGAAGUGAUUAGUAUGGAUUUCAUUACUGGAUUGCCCCAUUAUUAUCGCAAGUUUGAUUCUAUUUGGCUGAUCGUCGAUGAGCUAACCAAAUCAACCCAUUUCUUACCAGUAAAGACUACUUAUACUGCUGAAGAUUGUGCCAAGUUGUACAUCAAAGAGAUUGUGCACCUUCAUGGUGUCCCUAUGUCAAUUAUUUUUUAUAGAGACGCUCAGUUUACGGCAAAUUUCUGGAAACCUUUUCAAAAAAGUCUUGGUACUCAAGUAAAUCUUAGCACGGCUGACGGACAAGCUGAGAAAACUAUUCAGACUUUGAAAGAUAUGCUACCGGCUAUUCAAAAGAUAAAGAUUAUUCAAGAACGUUUACAUACAGCUCAGAGUCGUCAGAAAUCUUAUGCAGAUGUACGACAACGAGAAUUGGAAUUUCAGAAAUGUAUCGGAGAUCCCUCCAGAAUAGUACCUGUCAACGAUAUACAAGUUAUGGAAAGCUUAUCCUAUGAGGAAAAACCGAUUGCCAUUCUUAACAAACAGGUCCAUAGACUUAGAACCAAAGCUGUGGUUUUAGUAAAGGUUCUGUGGAGAACUAAGAACAGGGAAAAGAUGACAUGGGAAGCCGAGGGGGAAAUGAAGUCCAAAUACGCUCACUUAUUCCCUGCUAAAAAUGAUGCUAUCCUAGAAGGAACUUUACAAGAUUCCGCUCUACCAACAAAUGACUUGCAAGGCAUUAAUAGUACCCAAUUUACAGGGGAAACCCUGCCGCAAUUUCCUCUGAAAUGUGCAUAA